CAAACACAAUCAGACGCACACAGACAUCGCAAAAAUGGAAGUGAAGGUCCGUACGGUUCGGUCCUUGGUCUCCAAGCUCAGCUCCGUCUCCUCCCAAACCCGAGCCGACGCUCUCAAAGAGCUUCGCCUCAUCACCAAGCUCGACCCAGACAGCCGCCCCCUCGUCGCCGAAUCCGGCGCCAUACCUUACUUGUCCGAAACCCUCUUCGACUCCUCCUCUUCCCUCCAAGACGACGCCGCCGCCGCCCUCCUAAACGUCUCCAUCUCCUGCCGCCACUCCCUCAUCUCCACCCGCGGCCUCCUCGACGCUCUCUCCCACGUUCUCCGCCACCACGCAUCCCCUUCCUCCUCCCCCUUCGCCGUCCAGUCCUCCGCCGCCACCCUCCACAGCCUCCUCGUCGUCGACGACUACCGCCCCAUGAUCGGCUCCAAGCGCGACAUCGUCUACUCUCUGAUCGACAUCGUCAAGAGCCCCAAUUCUCCCGCGCGGUCGGUGAAGGACGCGCUGAAGGCGCUGUUCGGGAUCGCUCUCUACGCGCUCAACCGCGGCGCGCUGGUGGAGCUCGGGGCCGUUCCCGCGCUUUUUACUUUGGUGGUGAAGGACGGGCGCGUGGGGAUCGUGGAGGACGCCACGGCUGUGAUCGCUCAGGUGGCCGGGUGCGAGGAGAGCGAGGAAGCGUUUCAGAGGGUUUCCGGGGUCAGGGUUUUGGCCGAUUUGCUGGAUCUCUCGACCGGGUCCAGCUUGAGGAGCAAGGAGAACGCGGUGGGUGCGCUGCUUAAUCUGUCCAGGUGCGGCGGAGAGAGGGCGCUGAGGGAGGUGAGGGAGGAGGGGCUGGGAGUGGUGGAUGGGAUUGCUGAUGUGGCGGAGAGUGGCAGCGCAAAAGCGAAGAGCAAGGCAGUUGCGCUGCUGAAGGUGGUUGAUGGCGGGAGCGGAUCCAUUGCCAGCGUUUUCAGAGAUCCGCGGUUUCAUUCUCUACUAAACCAAACUUCGUAAAUUUGGUGUUAAUUUUUUUUUUAAUAAUUAUUAUUAUUAUUAUUUUUUUUUUAGUGAUGUAGAUAUUGUAGAUUUUACGAGUUCAAUGUAUGAUAAUUAGGAAUGAUUGAUUAACCUUUUCAUUAAAAAAAAAAAGAAAAGAAAAGGAAGGAAUGAUUGACUGAUUGAUUAACAUCUUCA